UGAGCGGAGGGAGCCCUCAGAGCACGUGCAGAGUGCCGAACAGUCUGGAGCCUCCCCUGCCCGGCGCUCGGGGCUCCUCCAGCCAAUGGCAGCCAGCCCAGCCUCUCCCGCGCCUAGGUAAGCCAGCGCCCCCUCGCUAAGCGGAGAGUUGGAGCGCGGCCGAGCGGCUCUUCUGAAAAGCCCGCAACUGAGUCCCAAAGAGAGAAAACUUCUCGACCGCUGCAGCCAUGCCCUCCAAUAAGGACGCCUCUGGCUGCCUCGGCUCACCGCCAGGUUUGAUCUGCUUGCCGCCCAUCUCUGAGGACCUCCAGCUGGUGUGGACCCAGGCGGCCCAGACGAGUGACCUGGACAGUAACCAGCACCUGCUGCAGACUUUCAGCUAUUUCCCAUAUCCCAGCCUUUCUGACCUGGCUUUGCUCUGCCUGCGUCACGGCCUGCACAUGGAGAAGGUGAAGGCUUGGUUCAUGGCGCAGCGGCUGCGCUGCGGCAUCAGCUGGAGUGCCGAGGAAAUCGAAGAGACUCGGGCUCGCCUCAUCUACCACCAGGACCAGCUUCACUUUAGUUGCCUGCUGGCUGGCAACCAGGGCAACUCCUGGCACCACCAGACUUGCAAAAGCCCUUCGUACUACCACCAGCUGGCUCCCCACUCCCUGCACUACUCCGGUAAAUAUCCAGAGAACCAGCAACCUCUUGUAACCUCCUUAAAUCAUUGUAGUACAGCUCCAGGGACAAAAGAACUCGGGACGAUCGCUCAGGACAUUUGGAAACUGCAGGAAAACACCCCAUCCCACUAUAGGAAAGCUCAGGAACAUUUUGAACCUUCAGGGAUCAUGGUGAAUUUUCAGAAUACCAAAGAGACUGUUUCCGGUGCUUAUCCACCCAUCACAACCCUCGGCCUGGAUUAUAAUGUCCCAGAUUCUCCCACGAUGGCCUGGAGCUUCCCUGCGCCUGCCGUUAAUGGUGGGCACCACCCGGUGGUUCUUCCACUGGGUUCUUCGGUGAAAGUCAGCCCGUCCUCCUCGAAAGUGACAACCAGCGUCGCAGACUGGCAAAACCAUCAGCACUCUUUCAGCGACCAGCAGGCUUCUUUGCCAGAGGUUUUACGGAAGCCUAGGCGGAAGACAAAGGAGCAACUGGAUUUGUUAAAGGCCUUCUUCCUUCACCGGCAAUGGGCCAGGAGAGAGGAUUACCACCAAUUGGAGAAAGUAACUGGGUUACCCCGGGCAGAGAUCAUCCAGUGGUUUGGAGACACGCGUUACGCCCUGAAGCACGGUCAGCUGAAAUGGUUCCGGGACAAUGCAGGGCAGAGUCCUGAGCCUGCUUCCUUAGGAGGACCUCCUCCUCCCGAGCCAUGCACAAAUUCUCCAGACACAAGCCCCCUGGAACAGUAUUGGGCCACCCACACGCAGCUGCAGGAGAAUGACUUGCCAAUGCUCUGUCGCAAAUCGGGAAUGAGCAUAGAGCAAGUGUUGAAGUGGUUUCACUCACACUUGCCGGCCCCAUGCGAGGUGGAGGUGUGUCUGGGAGACGACGAUGAGGUAGAUGAAGACAUGGCAGCUGCGAUGAUAAAGGCUGAAGAUGAAGACUACGACGAAGACGAGGAUGUGGAAGAGGAGGAGGAUGAAGACUGAAGGACUUUUGUGUGGAUGCUGGAGGGUUUGUACUUCUCAGAGGAGCAGGUGGAAGGAUCAGUCAGGCAGAUUAGUCAGUCCUGAGAGUGAGGUUUCUGUCCCUAGCACUUUCCUGCUGGUAGCAGUGACCCACAUCACUUACAUACUAGAAUGUAUUUUUUCUCCUUUGAGCCUUUAAAAACAAAAACAGUCUUUUUUCCAUUCAGUGUUUAUCAAGGCAGAAUCACAACAGUCUAAAGAUGGGGUUUCCAACCCUUUAAAUGCAAGUGGCCAUAAUAUAUGAAUCCCUUCAGCAAUCGCUGGUCUCAAAUGAUUUAUUUGGAAAAACUUCAGUUGGUUAAUUGCCUUGCUUUGGUUUCAUAUUGUUUCUUCUAGAAGUUUUCCUUAAUAAUUAUACAUUUCUUCCCUAGGUCAUUAAACUAUGAAACCCAACAAUUGCCUAAUUUUGUUACCUUUUCUAAGGCUUGGAAUACAGAUAUUUUUCAUUUACGCUUGGAUGUAUCUGUCUUGAUUCUGUUUGUUCCAAUUUAUUUAUUUUUUUAUUCAAAUUUAGAAAUUGGAUCGUUCUUUACCAGAGUUACAGAGAUUUGGCAACCCCACUCUUUCAAAUUCCAUGAAAGCCAUACAUAUAAGAUUUAAUUGGUCUAAGCUCACAUACCAACUAUGUUUUAUUUUUUUUGAGUAAAUGAACGGUUAAAGUAAUUAUUUGUUGUCGGUGCUUAUGUUUUGUUUUAUAUGCCAGUUCUUUGAAAUCAAAGA